GGACGUAUCUCGUCCCGGCGAAUAAUGGUACAGAAAAAGAGAGAGAAGCUAGGUUGGUAUCGGUCGGUAACUGCGGCUGUAAGAAAAUAAAUAUUACUGCAAUGAGUUUAUGGCCUUAUGGGCGAUAGAGGCGAGCAGAUUAUGAUAAUGACGCAGGGUAGGACGUAGGUAUGUAAAAUUAAAUAUUACCAUUGGAACUCUUCUACUUGUAUACAACGCAUGCAAGUAUGCAACUGGGACAUUUGUCUUUAAAAUAUAUAGCUAGCUGUCUGUUCGGCCGAAUUUAUACGAGUACAACCGUCUUUUCAAUUUUGGCAUUUCUGUAACGUGUCGAAUAUUUUUUCGACAAAAUAUUGUCCGUAGCUUUCGGUCUAUACUCCCAUACUUUUUUGUAUUAGGGGUGAAUGUUAAAGGGAUAUUUAGAGAGGUCAUCCAUCUUUGUAGUGCUCAAAAUAAGUACGUACGUUAAACUUUUUAGUUCUGGCACGAACUAUUCCAUUUCACUCCAAUAUACGUCUUGUCAGUUAAACUAGAUUUUUUAUUUAUGAACUAUAAGUCUCUCAUUCUUUGUCGAUGUGGGAUUCGCGGUACGCCUACCCGUUGUCAACGAAAUAAUGCAUGCAACUAUAUAUUAGUGUAGUGUCAUAAUUCAUAACUCGAUUGAUCUAUUCCUUCUCGCAGACUUUACUCACUAUAUGGUUCUUUCAUAAUUUUCCUUCUUCGUAACUUCGGUAGUAAAUGUAUUGGAGUAGGGAAAUGAAUGCAUGUCAAAGAGGGAAAUCACUUGGUUCGCCACAAGAUAAAGUGAUCCAUCGUAGCAAAAGGGCACACGUAAAUGUUUUUACAUACGUAUUCUAGAAUCUAGAUUGCCGGUGAAGUAAGGAAGAUAGAUAGAUAGUAUCAAAUAUCAAUUAAGUUGACGAAAUUAUAGAUUACAGCGUACUUAGCAGGUAAUUAAGUAGAUAACAUAUAGAAGGAUGGGUUGGAUAUUUAGGGAUCGUUAAUAAUACAGUUUUAUUUGAAAAAAAUGAACCUUCGUAGAAUUGUUGAUGUAUUGAAUUAAUUUAUGUUGUUUUUUGGAUGUUGAGUUGUGUUCUGAAUUUGAUUUUUUAACUUUUAAAUUAUAGUAAAAUUAUAUAAUAAAAAAUGAAUGGAUCGGUUUAUCAACUGACAGUGUGACCUCAUCUCCCCCAGAUUGAGAGCGCGAGUGCUUCAAACCUUAUCUCGGAUUCUCGGUCACUUGCAUGUGGGACGGCGCAAUAAGGAAUGGAUCACACUCGACGGGAGGAAUGGUGAUUAAAGAUCGGAGUGGUUUGGUUGUCUUGGCUAUAGGAGUACAUUUCGAUUAUAUUGAUGAUCCACCAAUGGUAGAAAUAUUAGUUCCCCAUGAGGUCAUCCAGUGGUGUCUGGAUUGUGGCAUCUCGCAGGUUUGUUUUGAAGGGGACGUGAAUGUGGUCAUUGAUAAGACAAACCAGGCCGAUAAACAGAUAAUCACUCUAGAGUCAUUCUCAAGGAAGUUCUUUGUUUGUUGGCAAAUCAUAAUGGUCUUCAUGUACGAUCUGUAGGUCGGAAUAGCAAUAGGGUAGCCCACCUGGUGGCUAGAAAGUCCCUUUCGUUGUACCCGAUUACUUGUCGCUCUUUUGAUUUUGUUUCCUAGUUCUAGUUGUAUACCAGGGAGUAAUGUGUUCGAUCACUUUUUAUUUUUUAAUCAAUACAAGAUUAUCUUUUGCAAAAAAAAUUAUAAAAAAUAAAGGAUUUAUCAAUACUCACAUUUCAUAUUGAGGUUGGCUUUUCUAAAUUCGUGAGACUCGUCAAUUUGAAAUGAUUUUUUCUUUUUAAUUCAUAAAAGCACGUAUUUGAUGCAUAAUAUGGAUUUGUCAAUUAAAUUCAUAUAUAUUGAAUUUUGGAUGUCAAAUACACUAUUCAAAUCUAACGCACAAAUAAGGCAUCUAAUUAUCUUUCACCGGUAAAAUUGCUUGAGAAAAAAAAAAUAAAGUUAAGAAUCUUCUUGUAACUUAUUACUUUCACGGUUUUUCAGUAGGGUUUCCAAUUAACUUUCCAACCGUCUUCAACACUUCCCUAACUGGAAUAAAUGUGAUCUACAAAGAGACAGAUACCCUCAAACCCAAGCUAGUUGUCACUUCACCUCGACAAUGAUUAAUUAUUUGGUUUUAGUGCAAUUGCAAGUCUUGCGACUAUGUUGGACAUCAGUAACGUGUUUUUCGACAGGUUUCUCCGAUAGUGACGGUGGGUUUGUAUCAUUGUAUGGUAGAGUGCUCUUUGUGAGUAUGAUUUUAGAGGGAUUAGAGGGUGUAAAGUUUUGUUUUUAAAUAGUGGUAACAUGUGAUAAAAUUUUUGGGUUUUGGUAGAUAGGGUUGUAUAACAUUUCGUGCAUAUAAUCAAAUAUGUUUGUUUCAUGGAUUUCUGAGUGACAUCAUAUGUAAAGAAUGAUAUUAAAAUAUUUUUUUAUAUAUUACUAUAUUUUUUUUAAAUGACCUGCAACAAUGUGAAUUUUGAAUUUUUUCCCGGUAAUUAUCAACCUUUGCAUUAAGAACCGCCUGGAAAAUCCAGGAUCCGCAAAAACUCAGGAGCAACAGACCUGCUCCACUGAUCCAUUUACAAAAGUAAACUAGAAUCAACUAACCUAGCUAUCAAAAGUUAAUAGACAGCUGAAAUGAGGAAUCAACCUAACUUCUGCAAGGAAAGCAGCGUUUCCCAUAGCAUAGUAAUUAAAAUCAUCAACUAACUGUUGUAGGAGCAAUCUGGACUCUCUUUUGCUGCCUUGAUAUAUACGAGUGCAGCGCUCCUUCCAAAUAAUACUGAGACACCAGCACCACAUAGCACCCUGCACCAGCCCUUUAGCUCCAUUCUUUACAAUUCUGCAUAUCCACUGUAAUAAACUCUCCCACGAUCUUGGCCAGAGACUCGAGCGAAAAAUGGUUGCAAAAAUCUGCAAGGAAAAAGAACACUUGCAGAACAUAAAUGUUCUGCUUUCCUCCUCACUGUCACAUAACACACACAUCGCAUCAGUCACUUUCCCCCAUUGUUUCAACUUAUCUAGGGUAGUGAUUCUGUUCAGAAUUAUCAACCCCGCAAUAACUCUAUUCUUUGGAAUCACAAACUUAUUCCAAAUCACUUGCCAUCAUUCAACUUUCAGUUUUUUGGGUCGUAUAGAAUUCCAAACCUGCUGGAUAGAGAAUCGUGUCAUCACCUUUCCUUCCCAAGUUACCUCGCCAGCUGCAGUAGUAGCAAACCAAAAUUGGAACCAGCCGCGAAUAGCCAAAAGCUUUCGCCAUAUCCACGAACCUGUCUGGAAGAAGAUAGGUCCCAGAUUGAAAUUUUUGUUUACAAAUUGGCGAGUUUAUUAUAAUCUACAAAAUGUUAUCCAUAUUCGAUAUAUUUUUAAGAAAGAUUCCGUACCACCCAUUAUUAUCUGGUACCAUUUUUAUUUUUAAAUCAAAUUUGGCAUAGAAGGAAUGGGUCGAUUGUGAUCUACAAAUUUCUAGCAAAUUUUUUUUAGGAUUACCAUCUUGGUAUAGGGUAGUAAAUGAAAUGAUGGUCG